UAAUAUUUAGACUUGCUUUGUUGUUAUUUGUUUUAUAAAUUAAUUUUAAAUUUUCUGUUUUAUUUAAAAGAUCCUAUUUAAAAUGAGCCAUACAAAUAGGGUAAUCUUACUAAUUGACAUGGAUUGCUUUUACUGUCAAGUGGAGGAAAACCUGAAUCCUGAUUGGAAAGGAAAACCUUUGGCUGUGGUUCAGUACAAUCAGUGGAGAGGAGGAGGUAUAAUCGCUGUAAACUACCCGGCCAGAGACAAAGGGGUUACCAGACACAUGCGUGGAGAUGAUGCCAAAGCAAAAUGCCCUGAAAUCAUUUUGGCUAUAGUGCCCAAUUCUCGAGGUAAAGCAGAUUUGUCAAAGUAUAGAGAUGCUGGUAAAAGAGUGGCUGAUGUUUUACAAACUUUUACGACCAAUUUGGAAAGGGCUUCAGUGGAUGAAGCUUACCUAGACAUCACUAGUCUUGUGGAGAAGAGAAUUGAGGAGAAAAAUGAUGAUAUAACCGUAGAUAAACUACCAAAUUCGUUUGUUGUUGGCAAUUUAACUGAGGACUUUAUAGAGAAUGUUACGAGGGAUAAAUAUCUUAAUGAAAGUAAUUUUAGGCUUGCUUUAGGAGGGGUGAUAGCUGAGGAAAUUCGUGCAGAAGUUUUCAGGGUAACUGGUUACAGAUGUUCGGCAGGAGUAGCACACAAUAAAAUCCUCGCAAAACUCGUCUGUGGAUUGAAUAAGCCUAAUAAACAAACAAUUUUGCCUCACGAGGCCGUGCCCGAGCUAUACAAAGAUCUUCCUUUGAAAAAGAUCAAAAGUUUAGGAGGCAAAUUUGGGGAUAGUAUUGUGAGCAAACUCGGCAUUGAAUUUAUGGGACAAUUAGCUCAAUUCACUCUAAAAGAGCUAACAAAAGUGUUUGAUGAUAAAAAUGCACACUGGUUGUACAAUAUUUCAAAAGGUAUUGAUACAGAACCAGUUUGUUCGCGUUUAGUCUCAAAAUCGAUUGGGUGCUCAAAAAAAUUCCCUGGCAAAGGUUUAACAUCGAAGGAAGAUAUCGACCACUGGCUAAAUGAACUCGCUGAAGAAUUAUGUGAAAGACUGGAAAAAGAUUUUCAUGAAAAUGGCAGAAAAGGCAGGCAGAUGGUUCUUACUUAUCAACAAGAAAGUGGAGAUGGAAGUAAAAGUCAUCCACUGAGUUGUUAUGAAAAAAGUAAAAUUGUGGAUAAUGCCUGGAGGAUUUUGCAGAAAAAUUGCAUGCAAGAUGAUGGGAGUUAUAAGUUGUUUUUAUUGGGCAUUAGCGUUGGAAACUUCCAAGACGUCUCAAAAAUCAAAGAAAUAACUUCAUUUUUUAAGAACAUGGUUAACAACAAGAACAAAAUGGCUGCUACAAAUAACAUCAUUGAUCGGACCCAGGUUGAAGUAAAUCAUAUCGAUGAUGACAUAUAUUUCAAAACAACCGAUGAGGAAUUGAGUCCUGAUGACCGAAAUGUGACGUUCUUUGAGCAAAUUUAUCCCGAAUCUGUAAAAAAUCAAAACUACAACUUUACAAGUCCGUUAAUGACCCCUGAAGAAGAUUCCAAAUCAAAUGAUUCAAUUAGCAACGAAAUAUCCCAAGACACUAGAGGCGAGUCUCCAGUGUUAUUAAGUCCUCCAGUAAAUUCAUUCUUUAGGAAAUAUUUUAGCGGAAAUGUUAAUAGGGAUUUUAAUACUUCCAAAAACUUGGAGGUAAAAGGUCAAUGUAGUAGUAAGGAGGUUAUUGACUCCUUGGAGGUAAAUGAUCGAUGUAGUAGUAAACAAGAGGUUAUCGAUUCUUUUGAGGUAAAAGAUCAAUGUAGUACUGAUAAUCCCUGUAAUACAUCUGAUGAUGCAAGUACUGAAGAAUCCAAUGUGUUACUGCAAGAAGAAACUAUUAAUGAUUAUUCUCCAGAAAAAGACAAUAAAUGUCCUCAGUGUGGAAAAAUGAUCAACCCCCAUGAUUAUCAAUCGCAUUUAGACUAUCAUUUUGCCUUAAGUAUUGUAAAAAACGAAGCACAUCUAUAUAAAAAUGAAACGUUAACCCCUCAAGCCGAGUCUAAAAAAAGAAAAACACAAUCAGAAACAGAAAAACACAAAAACAAAGUCCAAAAACAGUUAAACACAAAAAAUAGUCCUCCGAUCAAACCCAUAAACAACUAUUUUAAACCACAAGAUGAAGAAGGAACUUUAUGUACGGAAUGUAAUAUGAAAAUUCGGGAAAGUGACUGGGAUGUUCAUCAAGAUUUCCAUGCCGCUAAACGGUUACAUCUGGAGAUGAAUGUGGGGCAAAAAUCGCAAAGUAGUGGUAAUCAAAGCAAGGCUGUGAAGAAAGGAUCAAUAAAUCACAAAGAAAAUAUAAAGAAAAGUUCUUUGGUGAAAGGCCAGGGUAAUAUGCUGAGGUUUUUAAAACCAACGUGAUUUUUCUUAGUAGCUAGUUUAUAAAUUUAAAUUCUAUUUAUUUUAAUUGCAUUCAAUUGUAUUGUAAAUUUAAACGUCUGCUAUUUUUAUUAAGAAAUUUUUAUAUAUUUAUAUGCAGACAGUAGAUUUUAUUUGAUAUUAUUUUACCAAUAGUUACGACAAUCAUUGUG